AUGGGCCGUUCCGUCGAUCAAGACGUCCACGCCGCGUUCGUGGAAUUUCGCGCCAAAGAGGACGACAAGUGCCUUUCGGUUCAGUGCAUCUACUGCCAGCAGAUCCGCGCAAAGAAUACCUCUCGCCAGAAGCAGCAUUUGCUCGAGUGUCCUGGUCUACAAAACCAGCCCAGCGCCCCACGUCCCGAAUCCUCCAGCGAUGCCAUCAACGGUACUCCGAGUGGCUACGCACCUCAAGGUCUCGCAGGCCCGAAUGGCAUGGCUAACAACAUGACACCUCAAGGCACGCCCAUGCAAGCCAUGGCCAGCCGGCCGUCCCUGCCUGGUGGCCUUCCUGGCGUUAGCAAUACUGCCUCUCUGCAGCGACAGACCCCGAAGCCUAAGCCAACACCCAAGACCAAUACACCAGGUUCCGGCCUGCCUGCCCCUCCCCUCGACGACGUCCACGCUGCGUUCGUCGAGUUCCGUGCCAAAGAAGAAGACAAGUGCCUGUCGGUGCAAUGCAUCUACUGCAAUCAAAUUCGGGCAAAGAACACCUCUCGUCAGCGCCAGCAUUUGCUCGAAUGCCAGACAUACCUGAACGUCAUGAAGGAGAGCAUUCCUGCUAACAACCUACUGCAUCGCUUUGACGAGAACGACGUUGCACGCAGUCUCGCCAUCCCGGCUCCCACCCUCGAGCUUGACUUCCGCAUGUCAGUCAAGCUCAACCCCAAGAUUAAUCUCGGCGCUGGCAUGUACGGCAAUCGUAAUUGGAUCAGUUUCAUCGGUGGUCAAUGGGCCGGUCGCUGGGGCAAGGGCAUAGUCAUUCCUGGUGGCCAAGAUAACCAACUUGUCCUCAAGGACCUGGCCACGCGAGUAGACGCUUCCUACCUCCUCCAGACUCAGGAUGAGCCUCCUGCCUACAUCACCGUGCGCUCGAUCGGCUGGCGUACGGGCCCGAAAGAGGUCCUCGAAAAGCUGCAAGACCCCACCGUGGCAGACACCACGCCUCCCACUCAGUACAAAUUCCGCAUGAACAUAGAGCUGGAGACAGGUGACGAGCGAUACAUGUUCCUGAAUACGUGCAGUUGGGUGGGAAGUGGCUGCAGACGCGGUAACGAGGUCAUCUACGACGCGUACCGUGUGGGUUAG